CACUACUGAAACUAUCGCGCAUGCGUAUUGGAGUUAAACUGGGCCGCAGGGCACACAUCGCGUCUCUGUGGCCACAGUCGUUGCGAGAUAUACCAUAAAGUCCGCCAUUACCAAAGUGUUGUGUUACUUUUCCGAAGAGUUGCGUGCUUUACAUCAAGGCUGAACCGAAAAAUUUGAAAAUGUCUAAUUACCAAUGUGACAGCGCUGAUGUGGGCGAUCAGCCAGGUUCCUCGGAUGCUGGUGAACCGGGGGAAAUCAUCACAGAGAAUACGUUACUCUCUAAAUCGAGAGAAAAAUAUCAAGCAAUUUACAAGAAAUUUACGAGCUGGAGAGAGACUAACAACAAGGGCCCGCUGUCACAGGAAGUAUUAUUGGAUUUCUUCGUUGAACUUUCGGAGAAAAUGAAACCGUCUUCCCUAUGGUCACACUAUUCAAUGUUGAAACAUACCAUAAACAGCAAUGACAAGAUAGACAUAAGUUCAUACAAAAAAUUGAAUGUUUUUUUGAAACUCCAGUCCACUGGAUUCAAAAGUAAACAGACUAAGGUUUUGACGCCGAACGACAUUGAGCGAUUUUUGAAUGAAGCACCGGAUAAUCAGUUCUUAGCAACAAAGGUGGCAUUGAUUUUUGGAAUAAUUGGCGCCUGCAGACGACAAGAGCUCUGCAACAUAACGAUGGAUGACAUAGAGGACGACGGUGUAAUGGCAUUCGUGACGAUUCCAAAAACAGAAAGUGAUCCCGAACGUUCAUUCACUAUUUGCGGUGAAUUUUACAACAUGUACAAGAAGUACUUUAAUCUACGACCUAGGCACGUGGGGACCAAGAGAUUCUUUGUUAAUUAUCAGAAUGGAAAGUGUACACAUCAGGUCAUUGGGAUCAACAAAUUUGGCAGUAUGCCAAGAACCAUUGCAUCAUAUCUGAAAUUGCCGAAUCCAGAGAGCUACACAGGUCAUAGUUUUCGUCGCACUUCGGCCACAUUGCUCGCUGAUUCUGGCGCUGACUUGGCCACCCUCAAACGGCAUGGAGGAUGGAAAUCAAAGGUCGCGAGGCACUUUAUCGAGUAUUCCAAGGAGAAAAAACGAAAAUUAUGCCAACAAAUAACAGAGUCCGUGAUUUUGAGACCAUCCACUUCGGCAUCAACAUCGAAGGAAGAACCUCCAGCCCUUCAGGCCCCAUCAGAACAGACAGUACCAACAAAUACUGAUGAUCCGCUAUUCAUUGACUGCAGUUCCAAUAUUAAAGAGGAGAACACUUCAAUGGAAACAGCAGAUGAUGAAGCGACUGAGGAAGUGCCGGAUCCAGAACCAGAAUCGGAAUCCAAUGAAUCUGCUUCUGCUGUCAUGCAGUCCAAUUCUCAGAGCAACUCAUCGCCGAAACCUCUGAAAGCACCCAGUCAACCAGUUCGUUCCCAGUUGCGGAACAUUGCUCCUGCACCUUCCUCUCAACAAAAGAACUCUUCCAAAACGCUGGUGGUGAAGAGAAUUCCGCUCAAGGUUAAACCAGUGGCCCCUACGACUAUAAAAAUGUUACCGAGGCAGCCACCAGCUCGCGUACCUCAAAAUGUCGUACCCCAACAACCCGCUGAGGUGUGUUUGAGGUGGAACAGUUAUCAUAGUAACAUGCAAACCAGUUUUCCCUCCCUGCUAGACUCGGAGGAAUUCGUUGACGUGACCCUCGCUUGCGAGGGCAAGUCUGUCAAGUGCCACAAAAUCAUUCUCUCGUCCUGCAGUGAUUAUCUGGCUACGUUAUUACGUGAAAAUCCCUGUCAACAUCCAAUUAUUCUGAUGAAGGAUCUGAAGUUCUGGGAAGUAGAAGCGUUAGUGAAAUUCAUGUAUAAAGGGGAAGUAAAUGUCGCACACGACAAGUUACCACAGCUUUUGAAUGCAGCUGAGGCACUUCAAGUUAAAGGAUUGGCUGGUCCCACACCUCCACAGGGUCAGAAACCACCAAUGUUAAUUCCCAAAUCGAGACUGCAAUCAACAACCCCAACACCUUCGAAACCUUUAGAGCCUAAAGAACAGAAAGCACCGUCGAAUUCUUCAUCGAAGGCCCAAUCUAGUCCAAAACGUUGUACGAAGCGUCCGAUGGAGUCAAAAGACUCGAGGCCCUUCACAAAAAUUCGUCUUCAUCAUCCUAAGCCUUCAGCGCCAUCACCAACGAUAAAAUUGGAGCCUUUGGACAUUCCUUUGAGUGACACCGACAUUUUUUCAGAAGUGAACGAUGACAGUUCGACCACAAACUAUGAGAAUCUUAUCACGAUGCACGAGGCUGAUGAUCCUGGAGGAGAGGAACGCCCAGACUCUGCCGAUGGUGACAUACAAUUCGACUUCCAUGGGUCCGAUGACAUCACUGAUGCCGAGGAACAGAUGGAAUUCGUACCGACUGAUUUUUUGGAACAGGAACAUGACAUUCUUGAGGAGGUAGAUGGGGGAAGCAGCAGAAACAGUGUUGUUGAGGUCGGAGAUGGAAAUCCCGACCUCAAUAGGGCUGAAACACCUGAUGAUGAGGUAAAGGAUGACGAAGGGGACGGGGAUGGAGACGGUGAUGAAGAGGGUGAUGGAGAUGGGGAGGGAGAUGAAGACUCGAGUAAAAAGGAUGAAACGUAAGAGGAACAGAAUUUAUGAAGAUCAUCCUCUUUUUUUUUAUUCACGAUGAUUCAAUAUUAUUUGUUUUUGUGGAGUUACGAGAACUCUCGUGAGAGAUGUCUUAUUUUCUCCAUUAUUAAACAUUUUUUCGAAACACGUGGAGUGGAAAGUGCAUUAUUCCUCUAAGUAUGUGAACUUCAACGAGUAUUACACUCAUUUCAUCGAUUGGUAAUCGAUCUGAUCAUUGAGAGUUCUUCUAUAUUCUUGAGAUCGAAGAACGAUGCAUUUACAGAAUACAGCCAUGAGUAAACUAUGUAUUAUCAAAUUUUAUAUUACAUAGUGUGUAAUGGAAAUAUGUCCAAGAUAAUUGUUGACGCAAAAUCUGUGUGACCUGUAUUCAAUCGUGUAUUGGGGUUGAUAAAAUGUGGAGUAUAUAUUGAGGGAAUGACAAUGGGCUGGAGAAAGUAAAUACCUAUGACAAAAUUGUAAUUUAUGGAAUUUAUCUUAUGAAAUAAAUGGCUAUAAAAACUUGAAAACAGUGUUUUAUUU